AUGUGGAUUGGAGGAUUGGACCGAGUUUGCCAGGCCAUCCGGAAACAAGUGGAAGAGAGCAGCAGGCCCAAGGCAGCCAGCAGCCAGUACGACGGGUUUGGCGCAACCAAAUGGGCAGGCAGCCGGGAGCGGGCACAUGACGUUGACAAGACUGGGAAUGUGGACAAGGGCGGGGCUUGCACGGGCCCUUGGAAAGGGAAGAGAGCCCUUUCCGCCACCGAUCAAAUUCCAGAGACUUCGUCAGCGCUUGGGUACGCAACACGAGCGUACAAGAAAGGUGGGACAUGUCGCGAACCAUGGCAGUAUCCAUACCGCCAUGUACUGUACAUGGCAAGCCCCCACGACUCGGUACGACUCGAUGACGCCGCCCUGCCCCCUCGCCGCUCGCCAUUCAGCGGAUUAGCCUUUCAGACUGCAAGGCAAAUGAAGUGCAUCUACUCUAUCACUGUUUCCUCAAAAUCAUCUCGUGCAACCUACAGCAGCUCUAGCAUCUGUCUUGCCCAUCUCAUCCCCCUUGUCGCUCGCGCCAACCCAUUCAUCUCGAACCUUCGCCUUGCGCCUUACCAGGCCCCCAGGCCUUUUGGCACCCAAUGCAGGCAGGAAACCUCGAGCUCUGUCAUGUCGCUUCCAAGUUUGUCCCUUGUCAAUCGGCCUGAACUUAGCCCAGAGCCCAACUGUGCACUGGAACCCUCCAACGACAAGCUCCAACACAGUUCACUGAAACACAUUUUGCAAGAGCCGGACUCUUUUGUCGAGUCUUGUGGCUCUUUGUUGAGCAAGGAAGACGGUGUUGCAAAACUUGAUACCAGUCGGGUGGUUGUUGCACGGCUUGCGGUUGCUGCUCCGACUACCUUCUCCACGUGUUUCACCCCAUCUGUCGGAAACAACACCCACCCUCCUUACGAAUCUCGAGACGAUCCCUCCCUCGACUUUCAAGCCCUCUGCUUACGUACCCCGAUCCGCAAUGCGCACCGCCACAUCCUAGAGUCCUCGCACUCCGACCUGUCCUUAACCUCUUGGCCCUGCUCACACAACCUUGAGCCAAUGCUGAUCGGCUCAUACCUUGCCGGCCUUGUCAUACUCUCGAUCGUCCCUUUGUUGUUCUUCAUCGCCCGCUACCUAGCAAAGCGCACCAAGAGCCAAUCAUGGAAUAUCGAUGACACGCUGUUGUUGCUGGCUCUGGUAACGAAAGACACCAUCCUAUCCCCGAGAUUGGCUAAUGCUAGCUGGGAAGCUGUUCCUAUAUUGAUGGCCGCUAGACUCGUCCGUCAGCACAUCACUGACCCCACAUUGGGUCGACUUGAACGGACACUCAUGGUACACAUGGGUCCAGAGAAACACUGUUUUGCUUAA